GAAAAAUUUACUUAAUUUUAUUUAAUAAUAACAAAUUAGCAAAAGCGCAGCAAUACAGCACACAUAAUUGUUUGCAAUAACUUUAAAAUAUUGAGAUAAUUCGAUUGAUCGAAAUUUGGUAAUCGAUUAAUAAUACUCCAUCAAAUUGUAAUCGAAUUCAAAAGUCACUUUUAUCUCUGACGUAAAGCGAAAUAAUAAAAACUAUUUAAAUUAUAAAAAUCAUAUAAGAAAAAAAAUAGGAUACUUUAUCUUCUUGUACCUUGAAAUUUUUCCUAAUAUAUCGUUACUUACAUACUGAUUUUAUAAGCAAUAAUAGGCAGUACUGUAUAGUAUGUAUAAUAUUUCUGCAUAUUGAAAGAAGCAACAGAACCGAAAGUCAAGAUUUAAAGAAUCAAUAAUUAAAUAUGCCAUAUACUGAAAGUUAUAUUAAAGAUAAAUUAAUUAAGGAAUUAAAUGCUUCUCACGUGGUAACUAGACGUUGUUUUUAAAAUAGCUUUUAUUCGUUGCAAUCAAGGAUAUAAGUUAUUGAAGAUUGUCGUCAUAUAUGACCAGAAAUGCAGGAGAGCAUGCAAAUUGUAUUAAUUUCCCUUUUAGCCCUUUUGUUAAGGUGGUGCAUUACGUACCACCCGUACAGUGGUCAAGGGAAACCUCAAAUAUUUGGAGACUAUGAAGCACAGCGACACUGGCAAGAAAUAACGUUAAAUCUUCCAACUGUAAAAUGGUACACCAAUACAACUGACAAUGAUUUAUUAUACUGGGGGUUAGAUUAUCCUCCUUUAACAGCUUACCAUAGUUUUGCCUUAGGCUACAUAGCUAAUAAGAUUAAUUCUUCCUAUGUAAAAUUACAUGAAUCAAGAGGUUUUGAAUCUGAAGAUCACAAAUAUUUCAUGAGACUUAGCGUAUUUUUUAUGGACAUGUUUACUUAUGUCCCAUCAAUGAUAUAUUAUAUAGUAACCAAUAAAACAUUGAAAAAUAUUGGGAAAAGGGAAUCAAAUAUAUUUGGUUUCACAAAACGACAGAUUAUCCUUCUAAUAGUAUUAAUUUAUCCAAGUUUGAUAUUAAUAGAUAAUGGACAUUUUCAAUAUAAUUGUGUAUCACUGGGCUUAUUUAUCGGUGCAGUUGCAUUUAUACUUCAAAAUUUAUUUAUUAUUGGAUCAAUUUUGUUUGUAGCAGCACUAAAUUAUAAACAGAUGGAACUUUAUCAUGCAUUACCGAUAUUUUUCUAUAUACUUGGGAAACAUUUACCUUUGAAACAAAAAAUUGGAAUAUCUAAUUUAAAAAUGCUAUUAUGGAUAUCUUUCACAGUAAUCGCAACGUUUUUCAUUAUAUGGUUACCAUUUCUUAAAAAUCUGGAAACAUUUGCAAGCGUAAUUCUUCGCUUAUUCCCAGUUUCCAGAGGUAUAUUUGAAGAUAAAGUUGCUAACAUUUGGUGUGCUGUAAAUGUUCUUUAUAAAUUACGUAAUACUUUUACAAAUGAACAACUAGCCAAACUUUGUUUAACAAUAACCGCAUUUGCGGUUUUACCAAGUUCUAUAGAUCUAUAUCUGAACCCGAAAAAAGAAAAAUUUAUUAUUUCUCUUAUUAAUUGUGCAUUGGCAUUUUUCCUUUUUUCAUUUCAAGUUCAUGAGAAGACAAUUUUACUUGUUGCCAUUCCAAUUUUAUUAUAUUUUCAGCAUAAUCCAUUUCCUUGUUUCUGGUUUUUAAUAAUUUCACAUUUUAGCAUGUUACCAUUGUUUAUAAAAGAUGAUUUGUAUUUAGCGUACUGCGUUACAUUAAUUUUUUAUUUUCUCUUCGUUUCUUGGGGAUAUCCUGAUUUGUUUAACAGUAGUGAAUCAUUGAAUAGAAAUGUACAUAUUAUGACUAAUCAAGAGCAAAUUAAAACAAAACUUAAAAGGAACAAAAGUGGAUUAAGUUUUGUGAAAGUAAUAAGAGAUACAUUUCAUUAUUGCAAAAGUGGCUUAUCAAGAUAUGAUCUAUAUUCUUGGAGAAUAACUUUAUUUCACAUCUCAAUUUUAGGAAUAAUAAUAUUAUCUGUUGUUAGCGGUUUUUUAAAACCACCAAAUAGAUACCCAGAUUUAUUCUCAUUAUUAGUUUCCAUAUAUUCCUGUGCACAUUUUAUUAUAUUUUAUUUAUAUUUCAACUACAAACAAUUUGAUAUAUCAAGAAACAUCAUAAAUAAAGUGAAUUAAUUUAGUACAGUGGUAUCAUAUUGCACAAAAUGCUAAAUGGAUAUAGCAUAUAACUAUUACUACCAUAAUAAAAUACCUUAUUUGUUUCAUAUAAA